UUGCUUGUGGUUCAAAGUUUUUAGCUUGAGAUAUUGUUUAUAAAUGUAUGACCUAAGCUAGUUGUCUUUAUUCAGCAAUUAAUUUUAACAAAGCAAAGAUGAGCUGGAGUAAAGAGAAAGAUGACAAUGCCCUUGACAAAGCAUUGAACACCUACUCUAAACUUAUACAAGAAAGACCAGUGCUAACGAAAGCUAUAACAAGUGCCUGUAUCUCAUCUCUAGGCAACAUUCUUUCACAGUUGAUUGUUCCAAGUUCUCAGCUGGGUAACAAGAUAGCAUGGAGAAGUGUCUUAUCAUAUGCUUCCUUUGGGUUUUUCAUCAGUGGCCCUGUAGUUCAUCACUGGUACAGACUUCUGGAGCACCUAGGUGGCUCAAAGAAGGAUUCCACUGUGGUCAUAAAGAAGAUAUUGGCUGAUAGACUUUUAUUUACUCCUCCGUUUAUCUUCACAUUCUUGUAUGUGAUUUCCAUUUUAGAGGGUCAUGGCCAUAAAGGGGCAAUGCAUCGAAUCAAAGAGGUUUACUGGUAUAUACUGAAGACGAAUUGGAAAGCAUGGACUGCAAUACAAUUUUUUAUUAUAAAAUAUAUCCCAAUGAAGUACAGAGUUCUGGUAGGAAAUUUUGCUCAGUUGGUGAUGACAAUCUUCAUAUCCUACAAGAGAAGACAGAUGUCAUCCUGAAGGUGAUAGAAGCAAAUGUCAGUCAGUUGUCUCAUGGUCACCAAUGACGAUACCAGUCACAUGUCUCAUGGUCACCAAUGAUGGUACCAGUCAUAUGUCUUAUGGUCACCAAUGACGAUAAACUGGAUCAAUAGAGAUAGCAAUACUGUACAGUGCAAUGACCAGAGAAGAGUUACAUCAAACAAAACAGUGUGUCUGUAUCCUGACCAACUCAUAACAAUCACCUAUACAUGUACUUAGAUUGAACAAAGACAAAUUCGCCAUUUUCAUCUCUCUUUUAAACAUUUUGUUACGUUAAAAAAUAUCAAUGAAUUCCUGACUGUAACAGUCAAGUUAGAUUAUAGCAAACCAAAUUUUGUUGACAGGGUUUAUAUGAUAAAAAUCAUUACAUUCCAUGCUCAAGUGCUAUGAAUUAUCUAUGUGUGUAUAUAUAUAUAUCAAAGUGACAUUCUGUAUUUCUUUUACCCACGUGACUUAAUCAAUCAGGAUUAGUAAUGCGAACACUGAUAUACUUAUCAUAUCCAGAUAGGAUCGCAAAGGACAUGUAAUGUAAAACUGGUUAUGUUGUUUCUUGUUUUCAGUCAUUUAAUUUUCACUGUUGUGCCGAGAAUUUCAACUUGUUCAUAAAAAAAAUAUGGUUCUGUAUGUCCUCAUAUUUAGAACACAAUUCUUUCAGGUCUAAUUGUCAUUACUUAUAUUUUGACAUGUUAGGUUUUUAAUAAUAUUGUUUUAAUUCACUUUUAAAAGAUCAUAGUUGUGGUGCUCAAGGCUUCUGCAAUAUUGUUUCGUGGGUGUGAUGUUCCAAGUUAGACGACUCCACAUUCUAUAGUUAAAUGGAUCAGUCGAGAUCAAACACAGCCGCGGACAUGAGACUGGUAGGUACAGGGUUCGCAGCGCGGUACAGACUCCCAUCCAGAGUGAGUUUUAACGACUCGGUGGGUAGGUGUAAGACCACUACACCAUCUUAUCUCUCACUAACCACUGACAAUUAACACUGUCCUGGAGAGGCAGCUGAGAUAGCUUAGGUUUGAGCCCAGGACAGCGUGCUUGAACUUUAAUUGAAUAUAAGUACGAAAAUAAGUUGAAAUAAAUAAAUACAGUCUUUCUUUAAUCUUGUUUAUGACAUUUAAGUAUUAUUAACUCAAAAGUCAUUACCAGUAGCAGUUUAAUUUGUUGAUGUAAAAGUCUCCAUGUUGGCAAAAAAAAUUUAUUCUUGCAUUUUGAACAAAUGAAUGUUUAUUGACACAUCAGUGUCAAACAAAGGUAAGUACAUUAUGUAUAUGAAUAUGAUUCUUGCAUUUUAUAUGAAUAAAUGUUUAACGUCACCCCAGCACAAAAAUACACAUCAGUGUCAAAGUUAAGAAUCUGAAUAUGAUUCUUGCAUUUUGAAUGUAGACUGAGGUACAUUGUGUAUUAGUAUUGGUAAGACAUAAUUUAUGUAGCACUUUAGUUAUAUUUAACUUUGUUAAUGUACACCAAUAUUGGUUUACAUUCUGUAUUAGUUUUGGUAAGGCAUUUGUACUGUGUAGUAUUUGAGGUAUAUUUAACUUUGUUAAUAUACACUAAGAUUUGUUAACAUUGUGUAUUAUUAUCAACACGGCAUUUGGGUAGCACUUUGUUAAUAUACACUGUAAGUUAUAUAGAAGCAUCACGAGGGGAAAAUGGAUUUUUAUGUACCUUUCGGCUUCGGGUAAAAGAGCAAAUUUUAUGGCUAUACCAUCACAGGUUUUUUUUUUUCCCCCCGUCUUGAAACAAAUUUUAUAUAUAAUUUUAUAUUGAAAUUAGUUUCCGGCAUACUUCGUAAUUCACCCGAAUCAUUACAU